AUGAAUCAAGUUUCAGAUAGAAUAUCUGUCCUUGACGGAUUCAUUAUAGAUAAAAAAGAAUGGCGAAUCAUAUCCACGAGCUCCGAACUCAUUACCAAGCUUGGCAAAGCUCUGAAGAAGAAUCUUUCAGCGUGUGAUCUCAAAGAUAUCCAUUCCACCUUCAGUACCACAAAUGUUAGCUUCCACGAUCUUUCUGAGCUCAUCCCACAUAUCACAAUGACAGAAGUAUUCAUCAAAAAAAGUAGAGAUGGUCGUUACCAAACCAAGAGCCGUAAAUUUAGCGGCUCCUCCAAGCACCAAGCCACCAUUAUCAAAUUAGCUGGUAACAAGAACUAUUACUUGAUUCAUCGCAAGAAAAGUGACUCUAGCAUGGCUUACGAUAUCAUGGGAUCCUCCAAGGAUAUCCAGUUUGUUAAGUCCAAUACAGCUUUGAAACUGUACUUAGGAGAUCCCGUGGUGUCUCAAAAUGAUAAGCACUUAUUAAUCCAGCUUCAAUCCCACGACAUCAAGGAAGAAGCAUCGGAAUUAUUCAUUUUUGGCUACCAAAAAACACAAACCAACCCUCCUAUCAUCAUUGCUUCGUCCUUUGGCUUGGGCUUUGAAAAUUUCUACAAAAUUCUUGACCCAAACACUGUCCAUGCCUAUGCAGCCGUUUUCCAACAUAUCUAUCCCAUUUUCAAGUAUAUGGCGCAAUUCGAAUAUACGGAAGAUGACCCGACCUCCACGUUGGACCCAAAAAAGCAGUUGAAUGAUGCACAAGAUGUAGAAACCAGAUUUGAAGUUCUCGCCAAAUUUAUUUUUUCAUUGAUUGAAACUGAAGCUUACCACUCAUUGCUCAACAAGUUGGUGGUUUUGAUGAUUACCAAGAAAACAUCUGAUAUCUCCGAUACCACCAUCAAAAGGUUUGAGUCUAAUGAAACCAUCUUGAGGCGUCUUGAUGUCCUCAAACACAUUAUCCGGUUCGCUUAUGUCAACCGCGAUGUGGAGUCAACAAUAAAGUACAUUGGCAAUUUUCCGAUCCAAGGCUCCAAUUUUAUUUGGUUGACAGUAUUGUACACCCUAUUAGUAAAAGAAAAGGGCACGAAAAGGGUAUUUGAUUGUAUUUUAUUGGACUCAACUACCGUGGUCGUCGAUGGCAUCACCAUAACGCAGCAACAGUUGUCUGAAGGCCAUAAAAAAUUGUGCACCGAUUUUUUUGCAGAGGCGGGCAGAAUGCAAGAGUUUGUCACGGGGGAUACCAACAUUGACAGAAUUUUUGAUAGCUUUGUCAAACUCUCCAAGGAAAAUAAAAUCUCCCACUCCUUUUUGAAUUUGGUUGGAGAGGAAAUUCCCGAUGACUUGAGGUUUGGCUUAAAAGAAAAUCUUCCAAAUCAUAUUUUGAAAUCAAUCAAGGAAACAUUCAUUUUUUUGUCGUCGUUGUUGUUGAACUUGUUCUUCUUGGAGGCUGGAAGUUUCAGAUUCCCUGAGGUCCAAGUCUCCAAGUUUGCCGCUGAAGAUAUCUGUCUCAAUUGGGACAUCGUUGAACAAACAAUUUUCUUGGUUGCUAACUACUCCAAGAAAAGAGUUCGUUCUGCCAAGAUGAGGUACUUGAGCCAAACCACUACAAAACUAACAAUUUGGUUACUUCUAUUACGGCCGGUGUUUAUUGAGAUACUCAAACUAUACCCUGAAACUGACGAGUUGGACGAAAAGGGAUUGCCCUUGCCUGAUUCAAACAUUUUUGCUGAUAUUUCUGUUGAUGAUGAAAAUGGCGAAAUCAUUGAGAUUGCUGCUUCAAACUUAUUAUCCACCUGUAUUUUCACCACCGGUACCAAUUUCAUCACCAAGCAAAGUUUUAACAAUAUAUUUCAAAACAUCUUUCCCUUUGGAAUCCGUGUUGGGCGCCAAGCAUUUAUUUGCUUCAUGAAUAAUCCUGAAAAUGCUGCAAUGGCUCGACUUAUUGAUGCUGUCAAUAUUGCUGCCGAUCAUUCCAAUACCACGGGUAACAAUGUUUAUGGGCAAAGAAUCAUGGGGCCUGAAGGAAGAAGGGCAUUGAAUGAAGUUUCCUCUUUUGACGUCCAAAAACUGUUAUCAAAAAAAUGGUUAGAUUUUAUUGGCACGCCAAUCGCAAUUCAAAAUAACCAACCCGAGGCUGAAGAACGACAAAAAUACAUCUCCAGUACUGAGUUGUUGGCAAGUGGAAAACAAUUAUAUGGAGCCAGCUUCGAGUUCAGGUCCGCCCAGCAAGCAAUGUAUACUUUGGACAUUGCAAAUACCAACAAACAAGCGGUUUUCUUAACAGCCUCUUGUGGUUUUGGAAAAACUACAAUCGUCAAUCUAGUCCAUAACAUCAACAAGCAUGGAUGUGUAAACUUUGUAUUAGCGCCAUAUGUGAUGUUGGUGGGCUAUCUAAAUAAAAGGUUUAAAAAAUCCAUAACGUGGAACCGCUUAAUGGAGGAUCCAAUCAAUAAUAUUCACGGUGUAUUAAAUAUCGUCGGGUCAUUUGAACUAUUAAAGAAUCAAAAGUUCAGAACGUUAAUUGAGACCGGGUUCAUAUUUAAUAAAAAGCUCAAUCAUUUGUUUGUGGAUGAGGCUGACCUUUUAAUUAGGGAGGAUGGCUUCCGAAGCUUUCAGCGUAGCUUAUGUAAUCUUGGUGACAAAUUCAACAAGUGCUUAUUUGUAUCAGCAACAUUUGAGCCUCAAAUCAUAACAAAGUUGGAAAAAAUUAUGAAUUUCUCAAGUUCAAUGAAAUUGGAAUCAAUUUCUGAAAAUCCCCUCGAAAAAAAAGUGUUGUUGAAAGUGGAAUUGGAGGACUGGGCUCAUUGCCAAAGACUCAUCUUUGGGGUUUCCAAAACUUUCCAAGAAACGAUUCUCAUCUUUUGUGAGUACAAAAACCAAGUUCAUGAGAUUUAUGGCGACUUGGUACAAAAAGGGCUAGAUAAAUUAGUUUCUGUGGCAAAAAUUACUGGUGAUGAUAAUUCCGAAAAAAAAAUCCAGUUGGCAGAAAGUUUGGCUGAUAAUGACUUUCCUCAGAUUGUGGUGUGUUCAACGAUUUUAAGUGUUGGAGUGGAUAUUCCCCGUUUAAAUAAGAUCAUCAUAUGUGGCAAUUUUGAGCCCCAUACUUAUAUUCAGAUAUGCGGGAGACUUCGCACUGGCGGGUCAAUUAUCCACUGCAUAGAUAAACAUAUCCGUGAAGGUAUGGUUGAUUAUCAUAGCUGCAUCACCAGGCAAGUAAAUGACUUUUAUCGAACUCAAAAUAAGGGAUGCCUCAAUUGUUGUAACAUUGAGGAUGACAGGUUGAUGGAGGUUUGCAAUUCUGCUUCAUUCACAGAUGACAGGUUGAUGGAGGUUUGCCAUUCUGCUUCAUUCACAGAUGAUCCUGAUCACUUCAAUGACGACUUGGGUAAUGAUUUGGUUGAAACUCAUUCAGAUUUGGAAACUGGUCUUCCACGCGACAACCAGAUAGAGAAGACUUUCAAGCUGGAUAUUGUCAUCUUCAAAGAAAUCGUCCAAGCUGGCUCUUUCUCAAACUCUGUUGUUGGUAUCACUGACCUCCCAUUCAUAGUCUUUGACCAAAAAAACUUGCCAGUAUUGAUAUUAGCAACAUUCGAAUAUUUUACCGAUUAUGCCAUCUGUCACAAGUGUCGCCUUUCAAAAGAUGUGUAUCAUUUUGACGGGUCGUGUCAUUUCAAGGUUAUAUAUGAUGCCAUUCUUUUGAAUUACAUUACCAAUUUUCGCCACUUUCCUUGUCUUAAAGGGUCCAUUGAUGAAAAAUUGCUGUCUCUAUUGAGAAGUGAGUCUUUGAUAAUUCAAAUAAUAAAAAAUACUUUCACUAAAAAAGAAGAGUACAAGAAAAGUAUUGAACAGUACCAAAAUUUUAAAAAGUCUCCUGAAAUCCCCAAGCACCUUCCCUAUGUUCCUCUUUAUAAAUAUGAAUUGAUUUUCAUGAAAAUCAAAGACAGAAAGUUAAACCCACAUUUUCUCUGCUUGAAAUGGAAACAAGAAAUAAUGAAAACAUUAUGGUCCCGAGAAAAUGGUUUGCCUAAUUUCGCCGAGGGGUUGAGAGGAUCAAAACCUAUAGCAAGUACCCAAAUGAAGAGCUUGCAGUUUCCAAAAGGCAGUUGCUUUGGCUGUGGGGGUAAGCACUCAUAUACUAGUAAGGAUAAAGAACCAUGCCACAAAACUAUGAAGCACACAAGUCAAGCGAUAUUUUACUGGAUUUUGACCGACGAUUAUACUCAAAAAACGAUAUUGCCUGGAAUAUUGCCCGAAGCUCCUGACUUUAUUUAUAUAUCAGAUUUGUGGAAAAUUUUGUGCUCGCAACAUAAUGGUUUUCCAUUAUACAAAAGGGUCGCUGUGAGUUUUUUUGAAAAGUAUUGUCCUGAUUUUGUGUGA